UCUUACAACUCUUGAGUCUUGUUGUCAAAUUUGAGAUUAUCCGAUUUCAAUAUUUUUACAUAUGAUUUUUAUUUAACCUUAAUGUGUAAGAAUGAGUAACGCACCGCAGUUUUCUUUGCGUUGGAAUAAUUAUGUUAAUCACGUCACGGAGGCCUUUAACGUUUUAAGAUUUGAAAAUGAUUUGGUUGAUGUAACUUUAUGUUGUGAUGGUGGGAAAAUAAGAGCUCACAAAAUGUUACUUUCCGCAUGCAGCAAUUAUUUUAAACAAAUUUUUAAAGAAAAUCCGUGCCAGCAUCCUGUGAUAAUAUUUAGAAACUUUAAAUUUGAAGAUCUCAAUGCAAUAAUCAAUUUUAUGUACCAUGGCGAAGUAAACAUCUUUCAAGAACAACUAGAAUCAUUUUUAAUCACAGCAGAGCUUUUAGAGGUUAAGGGAUUGACUGAUAACGUCGAGGACGAAGUAUCAAAGAAUCAAAUAAGAAUUAUUGAUAACAGUUCAUUAGACUUAAGUGCAAAAUCAAGCAGAUCAAAUGAACAACCUUUACCUGUAGUUGUAGAGGAACCUAUAAAUUUAGCAACACUACAAUCAAGUAGGAGUGAGGACAUUCCACAAGAUGACAACAUAGCUGUUCAAGAAGUAGAGAGUAAUGUUUUGGAGCCACAGCCUGAAACUUCAAAAUCUGAUAAUUCUGUUGCAAAACACAAACCAGCUUCAACCAGUGAGGAAAUGCAAGUUGACACACAGAGCACUGCUGAAGACUUGUCUGAUAAAAAUAAUUCAGAAUCAGACUUGGCCAAAUUUAGAUGUCAGCUAUGUCCAAAAGGCUUCAAGCAUCCAACAUCCCUAACAUUGCACAAAGACUCACACGCAGGCAAGACCAGAUGUCCAGUAUGUCACAGGUCAUUUUCACGAUCAUAUGACAUGAGAAGCCACCUACAAAGAAUACAUCAAGGGAAACAACUGACAAUAAAAGAAAUCAGAUACAAAAAUAACAGCGACAGUGUGGUCGCACCCAAACAAUUUACUCACAAUAUAUAGUGUUACCUUCCGGUAACCUGUGUUACCAUUUAGCACAAAGUGCAACUAACUAUUGUAUUUAAAAUCUAUUAGAUUUGUAAAAUGAAAUGUAUUUAAACUAUAAUAAUAUUAUACUUUUAUAAUGUCACAAAUGCAAAUUUUGCUCAUAAAUCUUUUAGCUUUGGCUAAUUUUACGCUAGUCUGUAAAUUAUAUAUCUAUUAUUGUUAAGUAAAACAAGAAAUAUAAUUGUUUUUGCAACAUUAUAUAAAA